AUGGAGCAAGCUGACGAGUGGACUCCGAAUUCCAGGGUCCCAUAUUUGGAGCUGGCCAAAACCCUCGAAAAGAUUGAAGGUGAGAGCAAGCGAACGAAAAUCAUCGAUGUUCUCGCUGGUUUUUUCACAAAGGUCAUAGAAUAUUCACCGGAUGACCUGCUGAGCUGCGUAUACCUAUGCGUGAAUCAAUUGGGCCCUGCCUAUGAAGGCAUCGAACUUGGGAUUGCUGAGCACACGAUAAUUAAGGCUGUCGCGCAAGCUACAGGCAGGACAGUGGCAAGGAUCAAGGAAGACAUGCAAAAGAAAGGCGAUUUGGGAAUUGUUGCACAACAGUCGCACCAUAAUCAGAAAUCACUCGCCAGUACUUUUGGGUUCCGAUCAAAGCCACAUAGUGUACAAAAUAUUUUUAAAAAGUUAACGGAGAUUGCCACGCUUACGGGCGCCGCGUCUAUGAAUAAGAAAGUUGAACUCAUUAAAAGUCUCGUGGUCGGUUGCCGUGGGCCCGAAACGCGAUACCUCGUUCGAUCUCUUGGGGGAAAGCUUCGUAUUGGACUUGCUGAACAGAGUGUUCUCGUUGCUUUAGCGAAUGCUUUCACUACUCGGCAUGUUAAGGAGAAAGGUCUGCAGCUUUCAUCAUCAAAAUUGGAAGAACUUAAAGAUGAACAUGUAUUGUUGCUGAAAACGACUUACUGUCAGUGUCCGAAUUAUGAGAAAAUCAUUUCCGUUGCAUUCUCUGAUGGUAUAGAGAGCAUAAGAGAGAAGUGCAAGCUAACACCAGGUAUUCCCCUCAAGCCUAUGCUUGCUCAUCCGACAAAAGGAAUCGAUGAAAUCAUGAAGAAGAUUUGUUUAACAUUCCGUUUACAGAUCCAUAUGAAUGAUUCUGGUGCUGUCUACAUAUACAGCCGCAAUCAAGAAAAUAACACUUCAAAAUAUCCGGACAUUAUUGAUAAGGUCCGUUACUGUGCGAAACCCAGUGUAUCUUCAUUUAUUGCGGACGGUGAAAUAGUCGCAUGGAAUGUUGACGCGAAAUCGAUUCUGCCAUUUCAAGUUUUAACAACAAGAAAACGAAAGAACGCUGAUGAUGCUGAGAUCAAGGUGAAAGUUUGCGUAUUUUUAUUCGAUCUGCUCUACCUCAACGGCGAGCCCCUUGUCACGAAGUCUUUUCGAGAGCGACGUUCGAUUCUUCAGGAGCAUUUCUUGGAAAUGGAAGGUCAAUUUGCUUUCGCUAAAAGCCUCGACUCAACUGAUACUGAGAUCAUUAACGAGUUUUUCGAGGAAGCUGUUAAGGGCAACUGCGAAGGUCUUAUGAUCAAGACGCUUGAUGAACAUGCUACAUAUGAGAUUGCAAAGAGAUCCCAUAACUGGCUGAAAUUGAAGAAGGACUAUCUGGAAGGAGUUGGAGACACACUAGAUCUUGUCGUCAUUGGCGCUUAUUUUGGGACUGGAAAACGCACUGGUGUAUACGGUGGCUAUCUGCUCGCGUGCUACUGCCCUGAGUCGGAGGAAUAUCAGAGUAUUUGCAAGAUUGGUACUGGAUUCAGUGAUGAGGAUCUUAAGUCGCAACAUGAGCUGCUGAAAGAAUACGUCAUCGAGAAAGUAAAUAUACUCAAGCAUUCACCUGUUGAAGUUUUCACAAAAUCCAAGGCUUUGGUAGCACUUCCAUCCCAUUUUCAGGCCCGACCCUACUACGUUUUCGAUGAUGCUUCAAAACCUGAUAUCUGGUUCGAUGCUAAUGUCGUUUUUGAAGUGAAAUGCGCUGAUCUGUCUAUAUCACCUCUGUAUUCUGCGGCAAUUGGUACAGUGGAUCCUGACAAAGGGAUAUCGCUCAGAUUUCCUCGUUUUGUUAGAAUAAGAGAUGACAAAAAAGCAGAUGAUGCCACGACUGCCGACCAGAUUGUAUCAAUGUAUAUGAAUCAAUACCAAGUACGUAACAGUAAGAGUCAGGUCGAAGAAGAAGACGAUGUUGAGUAUUGA